GUAGAACACACCAUGUUACGGCCGAUUGCUAGUGGUCUUUUGACACCAUUUCAGGGUCUAUGUUUCCUCGGCUCUCAUCUCAAUUGCUUUUGGGUCUUGGAAUUCUCCUUCAACCGAAUGAUUACAGCAAGAUUUUGGGAGCAUCAUCAUUGUUACUGGUUUUCUCGUAUGAAGAGGUUCACCUUUUGGGUUGUGUUGGGCCUUGGCCCUGUCUUGCUACAGGAUCCAUAAAAGCCCAGUCGAGCACUUAAGCCCAUUUGACCAGCCUUGCACUCGACAAAAGACAGAAGCGCUUCAUCGUCUUCACUUCUGUCAUCAGCCGCAUCAAAAACCUUAAAAC